CCGGAAGGCACCACAGCAGCGGAGAUUUCUCCAGGCCUCAUACCCUGAUGAUUUCACCGGGCCACCCCAGGUGGAGCAGUUGGUACCAUUUUCAUACCCAACCUUGGUGAGCUGGAAAUGCCAAAAGAAGUAAUUAGCAUCUCCAGGGCCUGUGAGGAACAAAUACUUUGAACUUUGUGAUGGAAAAACAGAGAUGGACGUGCCCUCAACCUGCUGAGAUGACAGACAACCAACCGUGAGUGCCUUCACCGAACAGACUGCUUAACCGCACAGCUCUGUUGACUUCUGGGAAGGAUCCCCUUCUGAUUAUGGAUCAUUAAAGGUCAACCUUCUCAGAGGAGAAUCGCAGCAAAGACGAAUACCCUGAUCCUGAGCCUUCACCCUUCUUUACCCUCCGGCGAACCCGGACUGUUAUUGAUACCUCUGGUCCUUUACAUGGGAAAGGAAAUCCUGAAUUGAGCUUGACUGAAGCUUCAUCAGGAGACCAGAUCUGUUGUUCCAGGGUUGCAGACAUAGCCAGCUAUUUUCCUUGUUGAAAAGACAAAUUAUCUACAGAAGAAAGAGCCAAACCACAGGAGCCAUCCUCUUAACAUCUGACUGUCAUCUGUGAAGGUCCGUGUGCCUGCCCAGUGCGGGUGAGGGCAGCCGGAGCAGGCCUGAGGCUCUAAUCCACCUUCAGGAAUCCGUGCCUAGCCGUGUGAUUUGUGUUUCAUCAUUGGGAUUUCUCUUUCGAAUUCCUUCUCUAUCCAGCAUCUGUGUGUCCAGCCCAUCAGCAGGAGGGGCCCCCUGACAAGGGAGAGCCACAAUGGCCAAUCUGAAGAAAAGGAUAUUCAAAUUCCUCAUCCUCCUGAUCCUGCUCAUCUUCGUCCUGAACAUAUCCCUCGUCCUGGUCCCCACCACCUGGCUCCCCAAGCAACUGAUGCAGGAGUUAUCGGACUUAAUGAAUUUACUGAAACCGUACAACAAGGUUUGCAGCUGUGCACGCUGCAUUGAGGAGAGGGGCAUCUCGCUCUGGUUCGACAAUAGGUUCAACAGUUCCAUACCACCGCUGCUGACGUUGGUGAAUGCCGUUCUAGAUAAAAACACCUCUAGGUGGUGGCUGAGUCUCCAAAUGGAGAAGAAUCCCAGUCGUUACAAUGACACCAUCGUGAAGCUCUUCCAGGUGAUCCCUGGGGACAUAGACCCCCUGUUGCAGAAGAGAUUGGGAAGCUGCCGGCGCUGUGCCGUUGUGGGCAAUUCUGGCAACCUGCGAGAUUCCUGGUAUGGUGCCCAGAUUGACAACCAUGACUUCGUGUUUAGGAUGAAUAAAGCCCCCACAGCUGGCUUUGAAGACCACGUUGGGAGCAAGACCACCCACCACUUCCUGUACCCUGAGAGCUACCGAGAACUUGGGCAGAACGUCAGCAUGAUUCUGAUUCCCUUCAAGAUUCUGGACAUGGAAUGGGUGGUGAGCGCCAUCACCACGGGCACCAUCACCCAGACCUACAUGGCAGUCUUCAGGAAGAUCAAAGUAAAGAGUGAAAAGAUCCUGGUCUACCACCCAGCCUUCAUCAAAUAUGUCUACGACAACUGGCUGCAGGGCCACGGGCGCUACCCCUCCACUGGCAUCCUGGCCGUCAUCUUUGCACUGCACGUCUGCGACGAGGUCAAUCUGUACGGCUUUGGGGCGAACAGCAAAGGAGACUGGCACCACUACUGGGAGACCAACCCCUCGGCAGGGGCUUUUCGCAAGACGGGUGUUCACGAUGGGGACUUUGAGUCCAACGUGACCUCCAUUUUGACCUCCAUCAACAAAGUCCGGAUCUUCCAUGGGAGAUGACGCUGCCCUGGGGCCCACCCCUCCAUGGCAGCCCCAUGACCGGCCUUGGGGGAGCCUCUUAUUCCCAGCACUGCGCUGCCUCUGCUGAGCGAGGCCUGCUCUGCCCUGGGCCGGGGAGAGAGGGGUAUGGCGGGGGGUCGGGAUUUGAAGGUGGAGAUGUGGAAGAGCAUCAAUCUCCACACUGGGUGAGGGUCAGGGCCUGGGUACCACAUCCUAAGGACUCCCAUAUUCCUCAGGGAGCACCGUCUCCCAGGAGGAAGGGCUGCAUCUGCUCUCUGCCAACGACCUUGCUGCAGAUUCAGCCUCUGGUGCUCCUGGGUGAGUGAGGCCAGCCAGCAUGGGACAGAGCGUGGUGGACACAGAGGAUGAGAUCUCUCUCCUUGCAUGAUGCCUGGCCCCUCAAUAGGGGGCGCUGCUCCCCACUCUAGCUUUCCAAAGUUCAUGCCAGGUGGCCAGGAGCAGUGCCCCCCACCGUCCCUGGCCUGGAGCCUCUGAGUCCUGCCAUGUCUCUCCUGCUGGGGCGCUCUGGAGGAAUCGUUCUUUCCAACUCAAAUUCUAGUAUGCAACAGCAGCCCCGGCGACUUUCAUGUGCCUUUGUCUUGGGAGGGGACCAGCGUGGGCUAAGAGGGGGCCCUGUGCCUCUGCCUGUACCCUGCAGCCGUUGCUUGCCGACUGGGCUCAUCCUUUGUGGUUUCUCCGGCUCUUCGGUGGCAGCAUGUCUCAGAGGAUACCAAUGUCACCUGGCAGGCAUUGAGCCUGGCACGGCCACUCCCACAGGCCCGGAAUGCUGGACUUUGUUCUCUCCUACCUUCCAAGUUGACUUCCCCAUGGGGCCUCCUCUGGCAGGUUUAAUCCUGUGGGUGGCAGAUGGUUGCAUGGCCCACAUCUGACUGUGUGGGAGAAAUCAUACCUCAUCCCCGGCCACCAGCUCCCACUGCUGUUGUCUGUCUGCCUCAUCCACUUUCCUGAUUAUUUAUUGAUGACUAUUUUCAACUCAUCUGACCUGAGCUGCACUUUGUAGUGCUAAUGUGGAUCCUGGUGUUUGUGUCAAGCUUACCGUUGCAUCCCGCCAACUGCCGCAGAGCGGCAAACUUCAAGCCAGCCUUUUUUAGGUAGCCCCUAGAUCUGGGCCUUUGGAGGGAUGGAAGAGCUCGCUGGUAGGCAGAUUCUGUGGUGUCGGGCUGGUGUUGAUCCACCCCCAUCCCUUCCAGCUCCACUUUUCUUCUUUCCUCAUUGUGAUUCCCUGUCAGGCUGGGAGUCUCCAAAACUCAGGGGGGGGAGCAUCUUGGGGCUGGGUGGGGAGUGAAGUCUCAGGCAUAAGAAGAGAAGUUAUUGGCCCUAGGUCCUGGCACUCAACAGAACCAAAGCUCGUUUCCUUUGGGCACAUUUGUUAAGAGACCAGAGUCACGGUAGGGGAAGUGGGGGGUCUUUCUGGCUGGAAUGUGAAGGUGCGUUACCGGGGUCUCCUCACCUGCACUUGGGCUCGUCCUGCUCUUCCCUGGCCUCCUUCUGCAGACAGGAGGGAGGGAUUAGGGGUACGUAACAGCCACGAGUGGUAUUGUGUCACUCCAGAACUCCUAGAAAUGACAUGUCAUUCCUUAACCUUCUUACUUCUGAACAAACUAGUUUCCUAACUGAACGUUUAAGUGGGGUUCUCCAAGAUCUACUGUCACUAUCUCUGUCACUGUCACUUUCCUUCCGUCAUUCAUUGAUAUGCUCAGGCGGGCCCAGUAAAGUCCAAGAUUCAGAAUAAAAAAUAAAAAAAAUGUUUGAAAACACACACAAACCUGUUCCCGCUUUAAAAUUCUCCAAAACGUGGGUCCUGCCUGGAGACUCAUACACUGCCAUCAGGCCCUUUAAGCCAGCAGGUAUCCCUGAAACCAGAGCUCAUAGUGGUGCUUGGGAACCAUGGCCUCUAGGAACACCUGCCAGUUGGCCUGUCAAACCCAGGGACGGAGCUGGGAAAAGAAAUACCAUGGACACCAGCUGCAGCGUGGCCUCCCACGAUCUCAGUGGAUCCUGCCAGCUGAGUGUGCUCAAGGAGGGCAGGGGCAGAGCCAGCACCUUGCUUCUGGUGGAAGAAGUAAGUUGUGGAGUUGGAGCCAUAACAAGCUUCCCAAGGGAGCUCAUGGUCAUGGCAAGGCUGCAAGGCACCAGGCUCAUGGUCCAGUCUCUGCUCCCUCCCACGCAGCCCUCCAACUUGGGAAGUGCCUUCCACACCCAACUCUGUCCUCUAAUAUUGUACAGAUAAGAAAAGCAAGACUCCUAAAGGGGCAGUGUCUCAGGGCUGGAGCAAGAGUACACCAGGUCAAACAUUUGCCUUGCAUGCAGCCAACCCUGUUGUAAUCCCCACCAUCCCAUAGGGUCCCCCAAACACCACUAGUUGUUCUGAGUGCAGAGCCAGGAGUAACCCUUGGGCAUUGCCAGGUGUGGCCCCAAAACCAAAAAUUAAAAUAUAAAUAUAUAGGCAGCAGGGGGAGGGGGUGACUUGGGAGGUUCAACAACUGACAGAGGGCACCAGCCAAAGCAGAGGGCACAAGCAGGCUACUUGUUUGAAGACUCGCAGGGGCCUUUCCCGGCCAGGCUCCCCCUGCAUCUCCCAGGCCUGGAAACUGGGCUCAGGUUCCAGGCUGUGUUUUGCUGCUGCGUUCAACCUCAGGUCAGCCUCCCUGGUGGUCCUGGCCCACAUUUCACUUUCCCAACGGCUCCCUGCCUGCUCAGUGUGUCUCCUGGGUCCUAGUGGCUUUACCCAAUAAAAGCCAGGCAUUACAGCUGGGUAUGAAAUGCGCGAGUGGGCAUUCUUCAGGUCUGAGAGUGGGAGGGUGUGUCUCACGGUGAGCUUGCAUCUUGAUGAGAGAGCAAAUAGCAGCCAACCUGGGGAACACUUGCCUCUGAGACUGAGGUUGGAAAGGCAGGUCCCAGAAAUGGCGGGUGGUGACAGCCCGGCCUUCAGUGGAGCAGGGCACUGGUUAUUUCUGAGCAAAAGCAUCUAUAGCCAAACCAGCCUCUAUAGCCACCCCCCUGGCUGCCCCUGUCCUUGCCCACCUGUUAAGUGGGAAGGGAGGGGCGAGUUUGAAGCCUCUAGAGCCAGGAGUGGUGGAAAGGACCAGGACUUGAGAAGGUUCUUGAACAGUUGCCUUUAAAGACUCAGGACCACAGAGAUAGUACAGUGUGUAGGUUACUUGCCUCACAUGUGGCUGCCCCAGGUUUGUUCCCUAGCUUCCCAUAUGGUCCCCUGAGGACCACCAGGAGCAAUCCCUGAGCACAGAGCCAGGAGUAAGCCCUGAGCAUUGUCAGGUGUGACUCCCAACCAAAGCCAAACCAAAUCAAUAAGAAACUCUGGGAUUAGUCCAGCAAACCACACGGGUGAGGCCAGGUGCAAAUAGGAUGCAAUAGCAGGGGAUCCCCAGAUCAAAGAGAGCAGUGGAAGGCAAGGAAGAUCGCAGCAACUCAAAGAGCAAGAGAUCGACAGGUGGCAGGCUGCCCUGUCCCAAGAGUCCCCAAAGGGGCUGCUGGUGACCAGUCCCACCCACCUCAACACCAACCAGACCUCAGCCCACUUGGAGAACUGUGCCGUUUCAUUUGCUUGUUACCGAGGUGGCCCGAAUAUGAACAGAAAAGUCCCCAGACCCCAUCAUGUCAGGAUGAUAAAAAAAAAUAGGAAACACCAUCUCCAAGGUGCCCAAGGUGGCAGCUGUGCCACCAGAAGCCAGCAACUGUCCUCGUAAGAACCCUGGGCAACCCCACAGUCCACCCGGGAGAGUUGGGUGUAUCCUCCACCCUGGAGUCUAAACAAACAUGUUUUGAGAGAGUCCACGAGCUUCGAGUUAGGAAAUUCUCCCACUCUGCUGUGCUCUGCAUCACUUCUCAGCAGACAAGAGUGGGGGACUUCAGAGGGACAGACACAUGCUAGGGCAUCUCAGGGCUGGUCUGCACAGGGCAUUCACAGCGUUUUCCUUAGCCACGGCUAAGCAGCAUCUUUAGCGGUGGUUGCAUUUCCUGAAAGCAACAUCUUCUGCAGCAGGCCUGCAUGCCUGCCAGGCCCACCCAGGAUCCAACUAACAGCUGAAUUUGUCUGCUCAGCCCAUGGACCACCUGCCACCAGCUUUAACAAUGCUCCCAAGGCCCAACGUGGGAUGCACAGUCACUAUAGCACUUCAUCGAAUGGACUCAAAGCCAAAGUUUCUUGAGCACUUUAUCUUGGUGAUCUUGCUUGGUUUUGGUUGUUGCUUUUAUCAUUUUUUUCCAGCUCCCCGAUCCCCAAUCCUCCCCUACCUCAAGCUUUGGCUUUUAUUUUUUUGUUUGUGUUCACAGUUGAUGUUCAUCUGAAUGCAUUUGGAGGAGAGUCUGCCUUCUUCAGCUUCUGCUUUGUCUUUUUUAUUGUUGAGCAUUUCCGAAAGUCCCUCUCAAAGUGAAUAAAAAAAGAGCUAUUUUAUCGUU